AUGAAGGGUCCUAAAAUUUUGGAUUUUAUGGAGAAAAAAUUGCCUAACUGGGAUUUUUAUACUAGUUUGGUUAUAGAGGGUAGAAUUUUGAUUGUGUGGAGGAAGGUUUUUGUUAAGCUUACAAUAAUUGAGGAGUCUCCUCAAUAUGUUCACUGCUUGGUUUCGAUGGUUGGUCAGCAGCACAGAUUCUAUGUCACCUUUGUCUAUGGCUUCAAUACUAUAGAAGGUAGAAGGACUUUAUGGGAAGGGUUACUUAGACUUUCUCUUGUGAAUGAAGCUUGGAUUAUUUUAGGGGAUUUUAAUGCCCCUUUUUCUGGUAUGGAUAGAGCUGGAGGAAAUCCUAUUUCUGGUGUUGAACUGGUGGAUUCAGUUCGUUGGCUUGAGGUGGCUCAUUUGGUUCCUUUAAAAAGUUUAGGUUCGUUUUUCACCUGGACUAAUAAUCAAAGUGGUUCAGCUCGCAUUUAUUCCAAAAUUGAUCAUGUUUUCAUUAAUGAGACUUGGUUUGAUCAUUUUCCUCAUGCUACUGCUGUCUUUAAAUGGGAAGUUAUUUCCGAUCACUGCUCUUGUAUUAUCAAUUGUCAGUCUAAGGUGAGUUUGGGUACAAAGUUAUUCAGGUUUUAUAACUUUUGGGCUGAUCAUCCUCAGUUCCUGGAAGUGGUGCGGUUCAGCUGGAGUUUACCUGUUAAAGCUACUGGUUUACGGGCUCUGUUCUUAAAAUCCUUGAGGCUGAAGCAUGCUUUAAAGAAGUUUAACCAUAAUACUUUUGGAGAUAUUGGUUUGAAAUAUGAUUUGGCUAAAGAAAAUUACCAGGCUGCUCAGUUAAAAGCCCAAGCUUUCCCGUCUGAGUUUGGUUUCCAGCAAGAUGUUAAGGAAGCUGCUGAAGCUUAUAUUGUUCAGGAAAAAAUGUUCUAUAGUUUUUUGUCCCAAAGGAGUAAAGUUGACUGGUUACAGAAGGGAGACAUGAAUACUGCUUUCUUUUUUGCUUUUCUAAAUGUGAAUAUGCAUGAAACUUCGCUAUCCUUAAUUCCUAAGGUGGCCAAUCCUUCUCGAGCUAUUGAUUAUAGGCCAAUUGCUUGUUGCACUACAUUAUAUAAAUGUAUAGCUAAGCUAAUUUGCUCUCGUUUGGCGUUGGUCCUCCCUGCGAUUGUUCAGUCAAACCAGGGGGCGUUUAUUAGGGGUCGCUCAAUAGCUCAUAAUAUCAUGAUCUUUCAAGAUCUUAUUAAAAAUUAUGGUCGGGCUGUCACUUCUCCAAGAUGUGCCAUAAAGAUUGAUUUGAGCAAGGCUUAUGACACGGUAGAUUGGCAAUUCCUUGAGGACCUCUUAAAUGCUCUUUGUUUUCCUAUGAAGUUUAUAGGUUGGAUUAUGAAGUGUUUGAGAAAUACUUCUUAUUCGUUACUCAUGAAUGGUCGGGUGCAAGGGAAAUUCAAGGGUAAGAAGGGGCUGCGUCAGGGGGAUCCAAUGUCACCUCUAUUAUUUGUUCUUAUCAUGGAAUAUUUGACUCGGAGACUUCAACUUGCUGCUCUUGAUCCUUCAUUCAGAUUUCACCCUAUGUGCAAGAUUUUAAAGCUUAUCAAUCUCUGUUUUGCUGAUGACUUAAUCCUCUUUUGUAAGGGUACUCACUCGGCUGUUUUUACUCUCAAAGUUGCUCUUGGUGAUUUCAGUUCAGCCACUGGUUUGACCAUAAAUUCAGCCAAGUCUCAAAUCUUUUUUGGCGGAGUUUCUUCUAUUGUGAGAACCUUCAUUUCUCAGGAGAUGAAUCUUAUGGUAGGUUCCUUUCCGCUCAAAUACCUUGGGGUUCCUAUGAGGCCUACUAAAUGGCGUCACGAGGACUGUGAUAUAAUUUUGCAAAAAAUCAUAUUAAGGCUUAACUCUUGGUCUAGUAGACACCUCUCCUAUGCAGGUCAUAUGCAGCUUAUCCAUUCGGUUUUAUUUGGCCUCCGUAACUAUUGGAUGAGUAUCUUUGUCUUACCUCAGAGUGUGGUCAAGGAAAUUGAGAAAUUGUGUCGCAGCUUCCUUUGGGGUAGUGCUGGUCUGAGAAGUAAACCUCAUCUAGCUUCUUGGAAGAAGGUUUGCCUUCCAAAAGCUUAUGGCGGUCUUGGUUUCCGAGAUGGUGCUCUUUGGAAUAGAGCUAUUCUUGCCAAGUAUAUAUGGGCAUUAUCUGAGCAGCCUGAGAUUUUAUGGGUGAAAUGGGUUAACUCUAUAUAUUUGAAAGGUCUCAGUUUUUGGAGUUAUACUGUAAAAUCUGAUUGUAGCUGGUAUUGGCGGAAGUUGUGUCGCAUAAGGGAGAAUUUUGGUCUCUCUGAGAUUCAGGCAGCUGGUAGAGUUGGGAAGUUUCAGCCAUCCAAGUUGUAUAAUUCGGCUCUAAACCAACAGAUUGUUAGUUACUGUUCGGCGGUCUGGUGUAAGCUCACGUUACCUAAGCAUAGGUUCAUGCUUUGGCAAGUGAUUAAUGAGCAGCUCCUCACUCGGGAUAAUCUUUUGAAGCUGCAUAUUCUGGUGCCUGUUCAUCUGUGUCCAGUUUGUGGUUGCUUUCCUGAAAGUCACCAUCAUCUGUUCUUCUCUUGCUGUCUCUCUAAACAGGUGCUUCAGCUGCUGUUUAUCUGGUUUGGCUUCUCUGCCUGGCCGAGUGACUACACCAGUUGGAGUGCUUGGCUUGGAAGACCUCGGCGUGGUCUGAUGGCAGCAAUCCUUAAUCUUGUUGUUGCUGCAACUGUUUACAGCAUUUGGAGGAAUAGGAAUAGAAGCUUAUUUGAUGACUAUUCUUUAUCAGCUAACUGUCUUAUAAAUGAGAUUAAAUGUGUAGUUAAAUAUAGAAUUUACUUGGUUAAUUUUAGAAAUUUUUCAGUCCCUGAGCAAUCCUUUUUAAGGCAUUUAACAUGUAAUUAG